AAGGCACAAAAUUUUCCACCGCCUGCUAGCUUGUCCAAGGAUGCUCACGUAUCUUCCAGAGAACAAUACGAUAAAAUGUACCAGCAAUCUAUUGAUGAUCCUGACGCUUUCUGGGGGAACAUUGCCAAGUCAUUCUUCUGGAAAAAAGAAUGGCAGAUUCCUGUAAGAAGGUACAAUUUCGACGUUCGGAAGGGGCCGGUGAAGAUUGAGUGGUUUGUCGGGGCGGAGACAAACAUCACGUACAAUGCGCUGGACAGACAUGUCGAGGCCGGGAAUGGGGACCGCGUGGCAUUCUACUGGGAGGGCAACGACCUCAACGAGCAAACUGUCACCACCUACAAGGAGCUCCUGGAUCAGGUCUCUCAGCUGGCCAAUUACCUGAAGAGCGUAGGCGUCAAGAAGGGGAGUGACGUCACCAUCUACAUGCCCAUGAUCCCCGAGCUUCCUGCCGCCAUGCUUGCAUGCGCCCGCAUCGGCGCAGUGCACUCAGUGGUGUUUGCGGGGUUCUCUGCGGAGUCCUUGGCCGGCCGCAUCCUGGACUCCAAGCCCAGCGUCGUGCUCACCGCCUCAGCCGUCAAGCGUGGCGCCAAACCCAUCAACCUGAAGGGCAUCGUGGACGAUGCGCUGAAGAAGGUGGAGGAACAGAGCCACAGCGUGAAGACGGUGUUGGUGUAUGACCACAAGCUGGCGGCCCAGCGCGAGAGCGUCCCCUUUGUGGAGGGCCGCGAUGUGUGGUGGCAGGACGCCGUCGCGCAGCACCCCACCCAGUGUGACAUUGAGUGGAUGGGCGCCGAGGAUCCCCUGUUCAAGCUGUAUACGAGCGGGUCGACAGGGAAGCCCAAGGGAGUGGAGCACACCACGGGCGGCUACAUGGUGGGGGCUGCCACCACGUUCAAAUACGUGUUUGAUUACCGACCAGACGACAUCUACUGGUGCACGGCCGACUGUGGCUGGAUCACUGGCCACUCUUACGUAACUUACGGGCCCAUGAUCAAUGGUGCAAGCCAGGUCCUUUUCGAGGGCGUGCCCACCCACCCAGACGCAGGGCGUGCUUGGGACAUCAUCGACAAGUACAAGGUGACGCUGGUGUACACAGCGCCGACGGCCAUCCGGGCACUGCAGUCGUUCGGCAACGAGUGGGUGACCAAGCACUCUCGCGCGUCGCUGCGCAUCCUGGGCACCGUCGGCGAGCCCAUCAACCCAGAGGCCUGGAAGUGGUACCACGAGGUGGUGGGCGACGGACGCUGCCCGAUCGUGGACACGUGGUGGCAGACGGAGACGGGCGCGCACAUGAUCACGCCGCUGCCGGGCGCCACCACGCUCAAGCCCGGGUCGGCCACGCUGCCCUUCUUCGGAGUGGAGCCCGCCAUCCUCAAUGAGAAGGGCGAGGAGAUCCAGGGCAAGGGCGAGGGGUACCUGGUGAUAAAGCAGGCGUGGCCGAGCUGCAUGCGUACGCUGAGCGGCGACCACGAGCGCUUUGAGACGACCUACUUCAAGGUCUAUCCCGGCUACUACUUCACCGGCGACGGCUGCAGGCGCGACGACGACGGCUACUACUGGCUCAUUGGUCGCGUGGACGAUGUGAUCAACGUGUCAGGGCACAGGAUCGGCACGGCGGAGGUGGAGGGUGCGCUGACUCAGCACCCGCGCUGUGCAGAGGCGGCUGUGGUCCCCGUGGAGCACCCCAUCAAGGGGCAGGGCAUCUACGCAUUCGUCACCCUCAUGGUGGGCACCGAGUACCCUCCGCCCUCAGAGCUGAAGAAGGAGCUGAUCGCUGUGGUGCGCGAUGUGAUUGGGCCCAUCGCCACUCCGGAUGUCAUCCACUGGGCACCAGGGCUGCCCAAGACGCGGUCUGGGAAGAUCAUGCGGCGCAUCCUGCGCAAGAUCGCCAGCAAGGAAGAGGACCAGCUCGGGGACACAAGCACGCUUGCUGACCCUUCUGUUGUGCAGACCUUAUUAGAACUGCGCGGUCAAUGAGAGAUACGUCUUUGGAAUGGGUGGUUUGCACAUUCAAUAUGCAGAUUGCCUUGUCGCACUCUUCAGAUCUUUUGAGAGGGUGUGCCGCCAACAAAUGUGUCCAGACGUCUGGCUACGACGUUGUACUUCCUCGUUGGGGAUGUGCUGUUGCAACCUCCAUUCAGAGCUAUUGGUGGAAAAUUGUUCUGCAAGUGAGAUGCAAGGGCCUGCUGCUAGGAUGGGCAGUGCCUGCGUGAUGCUGACUGAUGUAGUACUAUAGUUCCACGACACUGCGAGAUCUGAGACCCACACUAUUUCAUUUGGAUCUUUCAAGAUCCACAAUGUCAUGUUACACUGUUUCUGUUGCUACUUGUAAAUAUCGGAUGAAUGA